AUGGAGAGGAUGAUGCAACAAAUAUCUGCAGUGAUUGUUCCAUCGCGUGAAGGCAAUAUGGAGCACGCAAAUGUUAUGUACCAGAAUCAUCAAAGGCCGAGAUAUGACCCGUACUCCAACACAUACAAUCCAGGUUGGCGAGAUCAUCCAAAUUUCAGUUACGCCAACAAGCAAGCUGCAGUAUAUCCUACUUUCAAUCAACAAGGAGGCUACCAAUUCAUGCAAAGACCACAACAAGCAUCUCAGGGAACAAGUGUAGAUGAAAAGUUUGCUCUUAUGAUGCAAGAGGAUGAAACAGCCGCUAACAAGGCUGAUUUGGUACCAGAUUCUAACUUUAAACCUCUUGUUUCUACUAAUGUCACUUCUCCUCCUUUUCCUAGUAGGUUUGCAAAGUCCAAGAAGGAGACACUAUACAAGGAGAUUUAUGAGAUUUUCAAGAAUAUCCAAGUGAACAUACCACUCUUUGAGGCGAUAAGGCAAGUUCCUCUCUACGCAAAGUUCUUGAAGGAAUUGUGCGGUAACAACUGCAAAUUGAUCGGUAAUGAAGUUAUGUAUGUGGGUGAGAAUGCCUCCGCGUAUCUUCAAAAGAAACUUCCACCAAAAUUGAAGGAUCUCGGUAGUUUCACUAUACCAUGUAUAAUUUGUACAACCAGGUUUGAUCCUGCUUUACUAGACUUAGGUGCAACUAUUAAUGUUAUGCCUGCCUCAAUAUAUGAAUCAUUAGACCUUGGUCCUCUUAAGGAUACCGGAAUUAUUAUUCAACUUGCUGUUAGGUCCACUACUUACCCGAAAGGGGUUGUGGAAGAUGUUUUGGUGCAGGUUAACGAGCUUAUUUUUCCUGCAGAUUUUUAUGUUCUAGAUAUGAGGGAUGAAGAUUCACCAUCGUGUACACCUUUGUUGUUGGGUAGACUAUUCAUGAGAACUUCUAGAACUAAAAUUGAUGUCUUUAAAGGCACAAUAAGUAUGGAGUUUGACGGUGAACCCAUAAGUUUCAACAUCUUUGAGGCUAUGAGAUAUCCUAGUGACGUACAUUCCUGUUUUUCGGUUGAUGUGAUAGAUUCUUUGUCUCAACAAUUAUUUGAGUUAGACGGUGAUGAUGCAUUAGAGAAAUCCAUAAUGAAGAGUUUAGAUUGUGCAAAGCAUGAUGACAUGAAAGUGAUAUAG